ACGGUAAGGGGAGGGAAAAACACACGAACACGAAAGAAAAAGGGGGGGACGACCGAAGAAGAAUAUUGAAACUUUUGGCUGAGGGGGGGUGCAAUGCACGAGGAGUUGGAGUUUUGGCCCCGGUUGCCACGGCCACGGAAUCAACAAAGUGGUUUUUGAAUGAAAAGUCUGACAGUCAUCCGAGUGGUACAAUGCAGAGGAGAUCGUUCUCGCACAAGAGAGUGGAUUCCUUCCACUCGUUCACCACUCCCAAGACAAAAUCGGCGCCCAUCAAGAACGAAUGGGGAGAGAACUUCAUCAUGGACAGGUGUGGUCUGCCUUGCGUGCCGUCGCUGAAGGGCCGCGAAAACGUCCAGUUCGUUUCGCUCCAACACAAUUUGAUCUGCCGGAUCGAUUCGCUGUCCUCCUUUCGGAUGCUCAAAGUCCUGAACCUCUACGACAACAAAAUCGAACGGAUAUCGGGCCUGGACACGCUCGCCUCACUUCGAGUGUUGAUGCUCGGUAAAAACAGAUUGAAAACGACGGAAGGGCUGGAGUCGUUGCAGAGCCUCGACAUUUUGGACUUGCACGGCAACCAGAUCACGGCUUUGACGGGCAUGUCACGUCUGCGGACGUUGCGUGUCCUGAAUCUAGCGGCCAAUUCGCUCAAGAAGCUGCCCAGUCUCGACGGACUUUUGAGUCUCGAGGAGCUCAACGCCAAGCGCAACCGAAUCUGCAAGAUCGUGCCAGAAGUGGCCCACGCCAAGAGACUCGAAAGGCUCUACCUGAGCAACAACGAACUCCGCCGGUGGAAAAACCCCCCCAACAAAAAAAGAAGUGGGCGCCAAUGACAUCACCACCGUCAUAUAGAGAGUUGGAAUUGGAACGACGGACACAUCUAAAAAAAAAAAGUUGUACACUUUCUCUCUCUGUCCCCCCGUUGACGAAAAGUCUUGGCCAGGAUGAGCUGAGAAAAGCCGAUAGACCGUCGGUCGCACGGCUGUGACGGGCCGAUAGUUGUGAACAUGUCGCAUGAAAAGGGAAUGAAAAAGAGCCAAAGUUGAUGGAGGUGGACGACGGACAGUAGCGUGCAGAUGGAUUAUGUAAUAGCAGAGGUGACCAGUGGAAUCGUUUGUUUGCGUUGGCUGCCCACCGGACUUUCAAGUAGUGGACAACCGGGGACGUCCUCCUGACCCCUCCCAAGACACAAGAGACGAACGAAGAAGAGAGAAAAAAGGAGAACAAGGGGCGACGGCGACGCUUGAAAACAACAAAACACUGACUAAAGCUUUAAGGGUCCCACGGGCGGCGACUGGGGGGGGGGGGGGAGAGGUGGGUGGGAGACCCUAGUACUUUUUUAUCGCGACCGGUUCAGUUAAAUCGAUGCCAAACUACAAGGAAAUUGCAACAGUAUUUCUUGCCCUUUUUUUGUUUUCUGUUUGGUUUCCAAUGGAAAUAUUAUUGCUGGACCUUCCCCCCUUUGCCCGUUGGUUGGUCUUUAUUCGUUUUUGUUUGAUUGGCGCUGGGGAUAGACAUAGCGGACGGGAAUUCCGUGACUCGGCCAAAUUGAUACCCUCGUCUUGUAUGUACAGUGUCGUAUUCGGAAAUCAUGCUAAAAGAGCCGAGAACGAAACCCAUUACUCAUCCUUACGAUCGGAUUACGUUUCAUGUGUAAGGAGAUAACGGUCAUCCGGCUAUUACCCAAACGAGUGUACACACUUUCUAUUUGCGUUUGUGUUUACUGAACUGUUUUGUUUUUCAAAAAUCGUGGGUUUUGUUUUGUCGAAACAAAUGAGGUUUGAUGAGAUUAUUUGGACGUUUUCGAUAUCAUUGACAGGGCGUAAAUGAAGUCAUCGCUCAGAGUUAUCGUGACGUCGGUUCGCAUUUCAUUCAUUGUCCCUUUUUUUAUGUAAAUAAGCGUGUCGUUUUUUGACGUGCCAUCUGACGGGGUUGCCCGGCUAUCACUCGUUGAAAAAAAGAAAGAAAUUCGGUCGUUUGGUAUGACAAUGUUACGUUCGUGAUUUUUUCUUGUUCUUUUUUUUUCUCCGUUACAGACUGGAUGACCUCGGCCCGUUGAAUUUCCUCAAUGGAUUAAAGGAACUGUCGCUGGACGGCAAUCCGUUGACAUUCAACGCCAACUAC